GAUCCAACAUUUCCGACAGCAUCCAUUUCUCCCGUGGACGAAGAAGAAGAAGAAGAAGCAAAGUAAAGGAUCGACCAAGAUGUCUGACUACGGCGGUGAGGACGACUUUGGCAAUGAAGUCGGCGGUGGUGAAGGUGAGGUACCCUACUACGAGGACGAGGAGAUUCCAGAGGAGUACGAGCCGGAACCGGCAGAAGGGGAAGAGCAGCUCCAGAACGGCGACGAUGAGGGCGACAACGUGAUCAUCUCGGGCGAUCCCUCUGCCGCGGCCAAGGAGAACGUCAAAUCACACAAGGACAAGAAGAUUCCCAAUGACCAGCGCAUCACCACACCCUACAUGACCAAAUACGAGAAGGCACGCAUCCUGGGCACUCGGGCUCUUCAAAUCAGCAUGAACGCUCCCGUCCUCGUCGAUCUCGAAGGAGAAACCGACCCGCUGCAGAUCGCCAUCAAGGAGCUGCGGGAGAAGAAGAUCCCUCUGAUCGUUCGCCGAUAUAUGCCUGAUGGAUACUACGAGGAUUGGACUUGCGAGGAACUGCUUCAGUGAACGUGAGCCGGCAGACUUACAAACAUACACCAUGAGAGCUUAGUUCUUGUGUGGCCUCACGGCGCGUCACUCUCACGAGAGUCGCAGGAUGCAUUAGCGAUGGCGUUCAGGUUGGAGGAACCAAAAAAAUUUGAAUCGUGGAUUGCUUAGGGGUAGAGGAAACCAUCG